UGUGGUUUCAAAGUCAAUUUCUUUCCCAAACACCUUUGUCUCUCCGUCAUAUCUGCACUUUGCACCCACCUCUCUUCCGUCUUCAGUUAUCUGUUGCCCUCACUGUCCCCAUUUCAUUUCUUCACUUUCCUUUCAUCCCCUUACCACCAUUUUUAUUCCCAAAUCGUGUUCUAAACAUGUUCAGCAAUGUUAUUAAGAUGUUCACUAUUUCUUAGCUUUGGGCGGAUGGCCUACUCGUGACUUGCACCGACCCUUCCUUCUUUCGAUUUCUCUGAGAGUUUUCUUCCUUUUCUGCAAAACCACACGUUUCCAAGAAAAAAACAGAGAGACCCAGAGAGAGAGAGAGGCAGACAUACUCGAAGCUUAAACAUGGUGGUGGAAAUUUCUGUCAAUCCCAAGGGCCCAUCUUUGUCCUUUCCCUUUUGUAAUCAUUAAUUCACUUGACAGACGAAAGUAAAUCAUAUUUCCAUCACUUUACUCUACAAGCUGUGACCUGUCUGGAGAACAGAGUUGUUUAUUCUGGUGUUUGGUUUCCCAGAAAUCUCAGGGAUGGCCGGAAAUCUUCCCGGAGUUGAGUGUGCUCGAAGGAGAAGGUUUCAUCAGAGUGGAGUGUGGUCCGAUACACCCUCCUUUAUGCCUCCUCAUACUUCAACUCGACGCUCUUCUUUCUGCUUGUACACUAGCAACCAUGAAUCUCUUUCUUCUUCAUCUUUGCUGCAGCAAAGAAGCCUGACGUACCAGGCAUACCCACAUGAAAUGCUGGAAGGUGCAGCCGGAGAAGCCAAACAGAGACUGGAUGCAAGAUUAGGAACACAGAGGAAAACAGAAAUCAAAAGGGAGAAGGUGAGAAGUGAAGCAGAGUUGCAGAAAGAGGUAUAUGGGGCAAAGAAAAAUGGGAGCAGGAGAUUCAGUUGGAGCAAACUGAGGUGGAAGGCAUCAGAACAAGAGGAUUGUGCAGUGUGCUUGGAAUCAUUCAAGAAUGGUGACACACUCUCAAACCUGCCAUGUGCACACAGGUUCCAUUCGAGGUGUUUGGAGCCAUGGCUAGAAAAUAAUUCUCACUGUCCUUGUUGCAGAACCACUAUCAUCGUUUCUCACUAGGGUUUUUCCUCUUUUCAUCACUUUGUCUAUGUCUAUAUGUGCAACGUUCUGGGAAUUGUUCACUUUGUUGAAUCAAUGUCAGCAAAUUUUUAGGGCUCUGUUUCUUUGGAUUCGAGUGUGUUUAAUUUUUAAUCAAGUCAGAGCCUUGCAAGUUAGACUGCAUCUUGCCAGGCAACAUUCAGAGGUCAUUAUCUUUGUGGAUUUUUUCCCCUUAAACAUUGGUAAUGGUGGAUAGGUUAAACAUGAAGAGUUUGAGGUUUCAGAAGCAAAGGUUGAAUCUUUGUUUAUGCAAAAAAAUAAUGUUGAGAGAAUUUAUGAAGUCUUGGUUUCGAGCUCGGGUAGAUGUAUAAAAGGUUAUUGAAAGAAAUAGUACUAGUUAGAUUCAACAAUACUUGAUUUUUUUUGGUCACCAACAAUAUUUGAAUUUAAUUCAAAUGUUAGAUAACUUUUUAUUUCA